AUGAAGCUGAGUCCGCCGUUAGAAGAAGAAGAGGACUUUGCAACGAGAGUUGUUGAUAGUGAGCAUUUUGCACAACGUCCUGUCGUUACUGGAACAGUGGAGUUGGGUGAGCAGGAAUUUCAUACACUGGCACGGGCUCUUAGUGGGAGGAAAGGCGCAGGAAGCCCGCAUGAGCAUGAUGUUGAAGAGAUGGAUGUGGAAAUUACGGAUGACGAGAGUAAGGCUGGGGAUGAUGGGGAUAGUGCUGUGGGUGGUGUCGGUAUUAAACGGAAGAGGACUAUUCGUGUUGUGAUCAGGUCCAGGGCGUUUAUAUAG